AUGGAAAGGAUAAUGAAGCACCAAGAGCUAACCAUCAAGAACCAUGAAGCCUCAAUGAAGAAUCUAGAAAGACAAAUUGGUCAAUUGUCCAAGCAAGCAGUGAUUGAAAGACCAACCAGCUCACUCCCAAGUGAUACCAUUCUGAACCCCAAAGAAGAAUGCAAAGCCAUCCAGUUAAGGAGUGGAAGAACCUUGGUGAAAGACAAGGAAACUAACAAAAAGCUUAUGGACAAUGACAAAAGGCCAGCUGAGAAAGAUGAAGCCAGCAACAAGGAAGAAGACAAGCAGGAUCAGGAGAAGCUUAAAGAGAAAGAUGAGCAACCACAAGCUUCAAGGAAAGGGAAGCACGUAAUGGAGGAAUCAUCACAAGAACAAAGGAAGGUGGUGAAGGCAUACACACCUUCUUUGCCGUAUCCUCAAAGGCUACAAAAAGAGCUCAAGGACCAACAAUUUCCCAACUUCCUUGAGGUCUUUAAAAAGCUGGAAAUUAACAUUCCACUUGCUGAAGCAUUAGAGCAGAUGCCUCUAUAUGCCAUGUUCUUGAAGGAGCUCAUCAAGCUCACUGAAGAGUGUAGUGCAGUAAUCCAAAAAGGGCUUCCACCAAAACUCAAGGACACUGGGAGCUUCUUCUUACCUUGCACCAUUGGAAAUAUAACCAUUGAUAAGGCACUGUGUGACUUAGGAGCCAGCAUCAAUCUAAUUCCUUAUUCUACGAUGAGAAAGCUAUGCAUAGAGGGGGUAAAGCCCACACAAAUGUCAUUAGAGCUCGUGGACAAAUCAUUGGUAUUUCCCAAAGAAGUAAUUGAAAAACUUUUGGUCAAGGUGGAUAAGUUUAUAUUCCCUGCAGACUUUGUAAUCCUAGACCUAAGAGAAGAAGGGAGUGACUCUAUUAUCUUGGGAAGACUAUUCCUGGCCACAGCAAGGGCCAUCAUAGAUGUUGAACAAGGAGAAUUGACCCUAAGGGUACAUGAUGAGAGCAUCACUCUGAAUGUCUUCCCAGAAGCACAGCAUACUGAUGAAAAGGAAAACUGCAUGAAGGAUGACAGAGAAGACCUACAGUGGAAGGAAGAAUCCAACGAGAUACUCAUUAGUUCCCUUCCAAAGCAAGAGACAAGCAGUAAAGUAGGACAAAAGGAAAAUGAGACUGUAUCAAAUGAUGAGAGAAAGUAA